GUAGAGCGCUGACACAGGAGCUCUGCGCCCCCUGGCGGUCACACGUGUUAUGGGAGAAGCACGUGUGGUGGCGCUGCAGCUGCGGGUCGGUAUGACUCCCCCAGGGCCGCCUCUGCAGGCUAUACCGGGGACUCAGGAGGGGCCGCAGCGAUUAGGAAGCAUAUGAUACCCGCAUAUGAUACUAUGUCGCAGUACUCCUAUCACCCGCCGGCCAAGAGGUUCAAACCGGGAUCCCUUCCGUUUACACCAAACCGGAGAGGAACCAUGCAGCUCGGGCCCAGAAAGCAGCCGGUGCCCAUGGAGCAGCAGCGCCGCAGUCUCCCUAUAUACCAGGCCCGGGCGCAGCUGAUCGGGCAGCUCCGGCAGCUUGAAACUGCGGUCAUCAUCGGGGAGACUGGUUCUGGCAAAACAACUCAGAUUCCACAGUAUCUGUAUGAAGCCAGCAUAGGACGCCAGGGUAUUAUUGGUGUGACUCAACCGCGCAGAGUGGCUGCGAUAUCUCUGGCAACUAGAGUGUCAGAAGAGAGGAAGACAGAGCUAAGUAAACUGGUUGGUUACACUGUACGUUUCGAAGACUUUACUUCGGAAGAGACUAGAAUAAAAUUCCUGACUGAUGGCAUGCUGCUCCGUGAGGCCAUAGGGGAUCCGCUGAUGUGCAAGUACAGUGUGGUUAUCCUGGAUGAGGCUCACGAGAGGACGGUGCACACUGAUGUACUGUUUGGGGUGGUCAAAAUGGCACAAAAGAAGAGAAAAGAGCUUGGGAAGCUUCCACUAAAAGUCAUUAUCAUGUCAGCCACAAUGGACGUGGAUCUGUUCUCACAGUACUUCAAUGGGGCCCCGGUUCUUUAUCUGGAAGGCAGACAGCAUCCCAUCCAAGUCUACUACACCAAGCAGUCCCAAAGUGACUAUCUCCAAGCUGCAUUGAUUACAGUCUUCCAAAUUCAUCAGGAAGCACCAGCAUCUCAUGACAUACUAGUGUUUCUGACUGGUCAGGAAGAAAUUGAGGCAAUGACUAAGACCUGCAGGGACAUAGCAAAGCAUCUCCCAGAUGGCUGUCCGCAGAUGACUGUGAUGCCUCUUUAUGCCUCGCUACCACAUUCACAACAACUCAGAGUAUUCCAGAAUGCACCCAAGGACCACCGCAAGGUUAUUCUUUCCACCAAUAUUGCCGAGACCUCCAUCACCAUAACAGGAAUCAAAUAUGUAGUAGACACUGGCAUGGUGAAAGCAAAGAAGUAUAACUCUGAAAGUGGCCUUGAAGUUCUAGCAGUUCAGCGGGUAUCCAAGGCCCAGGCCUGGCAACGCACUGGAAGAGCAGGGAGGGAGGACAGUGGUAUAUGCUAUAGACUCUAUACAGAGGAUGAGUUUGAGAAGCUUGAGAAAAUGACUCUGCCAGAGAUACAGAGGUGUAAUCUGGCAAGUGUAAUGCUGCAGCUUCUUGUCCUGAGAGUUCCAAACAUCCUCACUUUUGACUUUGUCUCCAAGCCCUCUCCAGACUCCAUACGGGCUGCUAUAGAUCAGCUGGAUCUGCUGGGGGCACUGGAAAGGAAAGAGGACCAGAUCAUUCUCACAUCCCUGGGAAGAAAGAUGGCUGCUUUUCCUUUGGAGCCUAAGUUCUCCAAGACCAUCCUGCUUUCUCCAAAAUUUCACUGCACUGAAGAAAUCCUGACUAUCGUGGCUCUGCUGUCGGUGGACAGUAUCCUCCAUAAUCCUCCUGCUAAGCGGGAUGAAGUGCAGGCAGCACGCAAGAAGUUCAUCUCUAGUGAGGGUGACCACUUCACCCUACUCAACGUCUUCCGUGCUUUCAAAAACCUGGGGAAAAAUAAGGAGUGGUGCAGAGAGAACUUUGUUAAUGGGAGAAAUAUGAUGCUGGUUUCAGAAGUUCGUUCUCAGCUCAGAGACAUUUGUAUAAAGAUGUCAAUGCCAAUAGAGUCCUCAAGAACGGAUACGCGUAAUAUCCGCCAGUGCUUAGCACAUGGCCUGUUUAUGAAUGCGGCAGAGCUCCAGCCAGAUGGAACAUACACCACUGUGGAGACGCAUCAGCCUGUCGCAAUACACCCCUCCUCAGUACUUUUCCACUGCAAACCAGCCUGUGUUGUUUACAAUGAGCUUCUUCACACAUCUAAGUGCUAUAUGAGAGACCUGUGCGUGGUGGAUGCUGAUUGGCUAUUUGAGGCAGCCCCAGAAUAUUUCAGGAGGAAGUUAAAAAGUGCUAAGAACUAACAAGUACCUGUAAAAUAUUACAGUGUGUGCUGAAUCACAGCAAUAUUCAACAGCCACUUUAUCCCGACCUUUAAAAAUGUCAUUGUGUGGAGAAAUGUGUAUUAGAAAAUUAUUAUUUCUAUGGCAUCUUCUCUACCUUCUCUUUAAGUAGCAGGCACAAGAACAAACUAAAUUUCUUUGUGGGCUGCCUCCUUCAUCUUAUAGGGUAAAGCACUUUAUUGUUUGUGCCAAAGGAGUGGGCACCAUUUUCUUUUGGGCUGUAAGUUUAAAUGUUUCUGUAGAGUUCACCUGUGAAUCCGCAGGAGCUUUGUGCAAAAUAAAAUAAACAAAAUAAAAAAUAACUUGCAGCCCUAGGGCUGUGAACUCCGCUGUGGGGUAGGGGUAACAGGUUAGGUAAGAUCAGGGAGAGCUCAAGAUGGAUUAGAUAAAAUAGAUUUAACAAAAAUCCUAUUUUAUUUUUUUGUACAGAAGAUGGGGAAAAAGGGACAACAUGGGAUGUUGACUAUUUAGCAUUUUCAGUUUUAUUACUGGCUAGAUACACAGAACAGCAGCCAUAUCAGAAUGGAGUAGAGAAUAUGGUAAAUUCAUGGCUAAUUUAUAAAACAGGUGUGACCAAAUGGCAUCAAAUUUGUUUGGUACUGUGUGUUGAAUCGUAUUUAUAAAUCUGCUCCAUUCCAUUUACCAACCAAAUUAACUGCAGAAUAAUAUAGAGAGAUUUCCAGCAGGCUCUCUAGCACCUAACAACAUUCAGAAUAUUUAAAAUGAGCCUCUGUGUGUGUUUAGUUGUAAACAGAAAGGGGCAUAAUAACAGUUCGUAAGAAGGGCAAACUGAGAUGUGCACGCUCAUGAUGUCACGAAUAAGGUGGUGAACCUCCUACAACGCAAGAGGAAAUUACUUUUUUAUACUCUUAAAGAUGACGCUGGUCUAUCAGUGUUUUUCAAAUAUUUUUUUUUUUUUGCUUGUUGGACAGAUAUUCUAUGCAUUGAAAAUACCACUGAGAAAACGUUUAUACUGUUUCUUUGUUUACUGGUUUGUUUUUUGAAGUACAUAAUGCUUGAUAUUCUUUGUAGGUUUUGAUAUAUUUUGUUGCAUCUACCUGUAAUUUCAGAGUACUGUCAUUUUUUUCCCACUGUUGUGGCUUUUAUGUGAACAUUUUAAUUUUGUGGGAUAAUUGUACUAAGCUAUAGUUAGCUUUUCGUUCCAGCAUAUUUCUCCAUCAAAGGGACAGAUUUAUUUAGCCAUGGUUUGAAUCGCAGGAAGACCUGAGGCAGCAGUUAAUUCUUCAUUCUAGCGCCUUGCAAAGGUGCUAUCAGAGAUGAGCAUUAACUACUGCUUCAGUGCUGCUUGUGGCUUGAUCGUGUGUCUAUGGGCCUGAUUCAGAUGCGGUCGCAAUGCCAACGCAGCAGCACUCCUUUUCAGUGUUGGAACUGUGAGGCAAAGUGAGUGUAGGAGCAGCCGCCCACAAGGGAAUAGAGACAACCACUGAAGCCAUCACAACAUGCUCAGAAGCUGAGUAAGACGUUGCAAUUGCAACGCAGAUGCAAGCAACUUUGGGGUCUAUUUACUAAGCCUUAAAUGGAGAUAAAGUGCACAGAGGCAACGUACCAGCCAACCAGCUCCUAAAGGCCCCCAUACACUACAGGGAUAUGUCUGAGGCUGAAGUCGGAGGCGAUUUUCCUUGAACUCUCCCGGGAGCUUCGCGGGACUGGUUCCCUACGAUUCCAUACAAUUUGGUACAUUUUGCAUGCGAUAUAUCUUAUGCGAUCCCAUCCAUGCCUGCGGGAACCGACAUAUCACGAGUGCAGCACUCACGAUUUAGGGGAGCCGAUUCGACACUCACGAGAACAUGCAUCGGAUCGGAAACACCUCCAAAAUGCCCGAUUUCACCCGAUAUAUCGGCCCGAAAUUGAAUGAAAUCGGGCAUUAUCGUUCUAGUGUAUGGGGCCCUUAACUGUCAUUUUUCAAACUCAGCCUGUGACAAGGUAGUUAGGAGCUGAUUGGCUGGUACUUUAUAUCCGUCUACUUUAUCUCCAUUCAAGGCUUAGUAAAUAGACCCCUUUGACUACCUGAAUGCCUCCAUGGCAGUGAAGAAUGGCUGCGACACUGGCACCAUGUUUUAUGCAUAUGAGAUUUUAGUCUUAUACCAAGACACACCCCGAAAAUACACGCCUGCAUUUUUGCACACUCCCUCUUCCCUCCCCGAAAGGGUCUCUUCCGGUCAGUCACUCUGCGACUAAAUCCUCACUGUGAGCAGCAUUGCAAAGGUACCUUGGCUCGUGCACAUUGCGGCCACGAUGCAUGUGCAGACUACCAAUGAUCAUUCAGGUGCGACUGCAUCUGAAUCAGGCCCUAUAAUUGCAUGGUACUGCUCACUUUACUCAGUGGAAUAGACCAUGCAAGUCAACCUGUGGCUAAUUGAAUCUGCCCUUAAAUCCUCUAAACCGUGGUACUGUUCUGUGGCUGCAUUAAUGAGUUACUUCAGCAGAGCUGACUUAUCCGCAGCUAAGUCUAUUAUUUAGACAUCACCAAGUUUGCACAUGCAUUUGCACUAUGGGCCUAAUUCAGAGUUGCUCGCAGCAGCAAAUUUGUUAGCAGUUGGGCAAAACCAUGUGCACUGCUGGGGGGGGGCCAGAUAUAACAUGUGCAGAGAGAGUUAGAUUUGGGUUGGGUGUGUUCAAACUGAAAUCUAAUUUGCAGUGUAAAAAUAAAGCAGCCAGUAUUUACCUUGCACAGAAACAAAAUAACCCACCCAAAUCUAACUCUCUCUGCAAAUGUUAUAUCUGCCUCCAACUGCUAACAAAUUUGCUGCUACGAUCAACUCUGAAUUAGGCCCUAUGUUUUUAGAGUAGUUCCGAACCCAUCAAAUGCUAAGUAGUUUGUCUAGAGCACAUUAUAAAUGAGAAACAUUU